AUGGCUCGCUCUGAUCCCCGUGUCAAAAGCAUCAUUAACCACCACCUGCCAUCGCGCGUUCGCAUUCGCAACAGCAUGUUUCCGUGCUCGGUGCAUCCGGAUGUUCGCCACAUCCCUAUAGUCAGCUUUGGAGCGACGAAUAGAGACACACUAGGCAAGAUAUUCAUGGUCUGCACUUCGCCAACCCAAGCUCGGUGCGGCCAGCAUAUGAAGCCCACCGACUUGCAGAUGAGCGAGGCCGAUCUCGCUCUUGUCCGCCGGAAGGUCGCCGAGCUGGACCCGCCAGCGAAGCUGGGUGGUACUUGGUACAUAGGUCAAGACGACCCGGUUGCCACCGCCCCAGACACGCCCAGAGGCCGUGGCCGUCCGCAGCUGGAGAUGACUGUUGUCGACUGUUACGUAUACAUACAGGAUGGAGAGAUGCCCAUAUCUAUACCACUUCUCGCCACCGUGCGAAGCAAGCACCUCGAAGUCAGAUUUCGACAAGCGAUAACGUGCGAUAUUCUCAAUUUCGGCCCACGCGACACCAAGAUCGACUUCGAGCCGUUCAGCCCCCAGCUAGGCGACUUCGACCAAUACCCGCGUGCGCAGGACAAGCGGUUUGUCCCUCAUGACCAGGUUCUCGUCUAUCGAGCCCGGGGCGUGUUGGAUUGUCCGGGUGCUGCUGACCUAGCCGUAGGCAAGCCUAUCCCGUCUUUCCUUCAGUACAUGCGCACUCGCGGCGGGGAGAGCGACAGUUUUGGUACUCCUGCCAAUUCACCUAUCCGCGGUAGCGCAUUCAUGUGCAGCAUGGAUGUAGACUCUUCGUGCUCAUCCCCUGCCCGGUACUUGCGCUCCGGCCGAAACGUCAGCCCCUCGUUUGGGAGCCCGGCCUCUGCCUCGUCGUCCCGCAGGCUCGCGCGGUUCGACGCGGACGUCAUCUCGUCUGGCGGACAUACCUCUAAGGGGACGAAAAGGAAGCGUGCCGAGGAACACUUGACAGCGCGCAAACGCGCCAAGGGCAAUAAUCGCCUGGACGAUCGUCCCGUUGUUGGGCGGUGGGAGCGCAUCGACGAUGAGAUAGAGAUGUGGAUCGAGUUAGUGUAG